AAGUUUACGUUCAACACGUGGGGAAGAAAUCUAAGUGACAGUUUUUAUAACGAAGAAAAGGUAUAUUUAAACAAAGAUGGCUAAAAGUAUCAGAAGCAAACACAAGAGGAAGAUGAGAGCUAUAAAAAGAGAAAGGUAUGGGAAAAAAGAAUUAGAAACCCUCAAGAAAACAGUUACUACUGAUGUUGCUUCUGCUAUUAAGGAAGAAGACAUGAAAGAAAUGUUCACAGUGAGAAAAGGUUCUGAUGUUGUCCAAGAAAUAAGAGAUGAAGAAAACAUGGACCUUGAUUCAGGAAAAAAAUAUAACACAAAGACAAAGUUAGAUGAACAUGGAAAUUACCCAGUGUGGAUGAACUCUAGACAAAUUAAAAAGCAGAAGAAAAAGAAUAAGACACAGAAAACCAAACGAGCAGGAAAAGGAAAGAAAUGAAAAUAAUUUUGAUUAAAUGCUGAGUGAAGUUUUUCAAAGUUAUGGACACUUUUGUCUAAUAAUCUGCUGACGUCAUUGGAAAUGAUUUGUCAUUCUGUACAGUAUUUUCAUUGUUCAGCAUAAUUUUCUUCCACAAAUUUACAUUCUGACAUUUAAUCAUUAAUGAUAUAAAGAAAGUAAAUUGUAUGGGAUAUAAUUGAGGUUAUUCAUUAAAUGCAUCUAUUUACAAGAUUGUCAAAAAAGUGUGAAGACUGUUUAAAAUGAGAUUGAAAAUAGAUUAAUAUGUUCAAAAACUUUGUCGUCAUUUCAUAUUUGAUAAGUUAGUUUAUCACCUAGGUUGAAAAAAAAUGAUUUUGAGGGUCUUUUAUAUAAUUUGUUUGUUAUUUGGAGAAAACAAGAUAAACCUGUUACGCUGUGCAUAAAAAAAAACACACAACGUAGCCAUUUCAAACCUACACUUACAAGUAAAUGGACAAAAGUCUACUAAUGUCAUGUAACUCAUGUUCACAAUGUAGUCAACUGUUGUAGGAUCAACCAAAAAAAUAUUUUCUACAUUUGGAUUUUGGUCAAAUUCUUAAAAUCUGGCAUUUACAUGAUUUAAAUUAUUUAUCAAAUGUGAAGAAAAUGUUUUAUAUCAAAUUCUUUACAGGUAUAAGAAUGAAACCUGAUCGUUUCAAAUAUUUUAUGAGGCUGUUUCCAUAGUUUUAUGAAUACCAGGUAAAGAAAUUAACAUAAUCUAAAAACUAAAAAAAGUUGACAAGGUUAUUGUUUAGCUUCCACCUUGUGCAGUUGAUGAUUUGUAAUGUUUUACUUAACAUUGUCUUGAUGUAAUACAUGUACAUAUAAAAAUUCAGUCACUGUGGAUUUUAUUUUAAUAGAACACAAGUUAUUAUAUUUAUGAUAUUUGAAUGAUGAAAAUUUAUUAUUACUGGGUGUAAUAAAUUUGUUGUUUUUUUAUGCAAUAAAAUGUUCUACCAAAAAUUUAA